CCUGUCCAAGGGAUGGAGCACAGGUCAACAUGCACGAGCCGUUUAAAACGCACUAUCGAGAGCACUCAAAGGCCUUCGCGUCAAACACGACGUUGAAAGCGGGGCACCGUUCACGGGGGAAAGAAACCUGAGCAUGGACAUCGUCAUCAGGCCAGGAGCCCUCACGAACGCAUCUUCUCCGGGGUACCGCAACAAAGGAAUACUCCUCGAUGUCACACACGCAGACCCGCAAGCACAGGUACACUUGCGGAACGGCAGCGCGACCAGCGAUGGAAUCGCAGCCCAAGCAUCCGAGGCGCGAAAGCGUCAGCACUACGCUCGUCCGGGACACGUGUCCUUUGACGAACGCAGCUUUAAACUUACCACCUUAGCCGUGGAAAGCUUUGGCCGCCUUGGAGAGGAGGGUUACGAGUUCAUCGAUGAACUUGCGACACAUGCCGUGGGAGGAAGGGACGGAGGAACGAUGGCUCUGAAAGGAGUCUUCAAGGAACGACUUCUUCAGAUCGUUUCGGUGGCUACACAGGUGGCCAUAUCUCGGCGAGUGCAGAGGUACAAGCUCGCAUUGCGCGGGCGUCAAGACGCCGAAAACAGGCGAACAAGAUCGACCUCGGACCAGUCAACGCCAAUGAUAUGGGGAUGGAGUGUAGACGCAUCGUAGAACGCGUUUUCGUUUGAAGUUGGCGUCUUGUUUGAGAGUAGAUGUGACAGAUUUGCGUAGAAUAGGGUAAGAUGUUAUCAUGAACGGAGAUGAAAGGGCUUUUCCAACACGGAGAUGUAGCAUGGAUCAAAGCAUUUGUUGGAUUUCAGCUUUUACAAGCGGACAUCAACGCAGUAGUAUUUUAGCAAGCUUACGAACGCAUAUAGGAUACCAUCAGGAUUGUCAUUGGUUUUAUUUCAAGUUGAAGAAGAGAUACUUUUACGAUGUAAAUGACAGUAGAAAUAAGUCCUACAUAUGUUGUUGUACUUCGUAUUGGUUUAAUAUUCAUGUAGAGUAUGAGACAUUAAGUGAAAGUUUUCUGAGGUACAUCUGCAAUUGUCGGAAGGCAAAAAUAAAUAAAUAAUAAAUAGUUCUGUGAGAUUCUGUAGAAUGCCCCCGUGUGACGUCAGGUCCGCGCACAACCGGGAAGUUAUACACAUAUUGCCUUCGGCCUCUCUCUGUGCUGUGUUGCUGUGUCUCUGUGUUUCUUUUUUUCAUGACCUCCCUGCCUACUGGGUACCAUGAUCUCGCUUUGCUGUUGCCUUUGUUUUUGUACGUCUGACUGUCUGCCCAUCUGCCGCCUCUUUGUCCUGUUUGCUCCGUUGCUCCCAUGCCCUGGUGCGUAGUGCCUGGUGCUGGUACGUUAUCCUUUGAUUUUUUCUUUGGGCGGGUGUGGGAAGCGUCCUCCUUUAUUUUUGUUUUUGUUAUGUUUUGAUCGGUUUCCGAGGGCUCUUUUCUCGAACGGUCGGUGCGAUACCUGUUAUUUUCUUUCUAUCAUUUUGUUUUCUUUUUCCGAGUGGUUUGUACCCUAUUUUUGUUUUUUUUUCCCGCGGCGUCGUAUGUGCCGGGUUUUGAGGCACCUACUGGGUAGAGAUGGUGAUGUUCCUCCACGCCAACUACAAGCCUAUCCCCGUGUUCAAGGAUAUUCCCAUCAUUGCCGCCAAGGAUAUCAGGGCAUGUCUGCCGCCACGGUUCAACGGGGGGGGUGCUGACCUGGCGGCCGCUGAGGCUGCCUUCGACGUGAUUGAGAACACCNGGCACCUACUGGGUAGAGAUGGUGAUGUUCCUCCACGCCAACUACAAGCCUAUCCCCGUGUUCAAGGAUAUUCCCAUCAUUGCCGCCAAGGAUAUCAGGGCAUGUCUGCCGCCACGGUUCAACGGGGGGGGUGCUGACCUGGCGGCCGCUGAGGCUGCCUUCGACGUGAUUGAGAACACCACCAACAACUCGGACAUCGGCCUGUGAACGUCGCGAGCGUUUGAUAAGUAGCCUCUUUCUUUGACUCCGUGAGAAGGACGUAGCAGUCAAUGUUGGUUGAGUCGGAGUCGCAUGGGAAGGCUAAGGCUUCUGCUCCGGGUGUUGUGUUAACGAACUUCAGUUGCGCGGUCGUGCACUUAGUGACUAAGUGCUGCGCGGCUACGGCGGCAGUUGAUUUGAACGAUACGCUCAUUUUAGUGCUAGAAGUAUGAUUACUAUAUUGUUGGGUGCUAUUGCGCCCUUACCUCUUCCUGUAACUUCGUCAUAAACACGCACGUCUUCAAACUCGUCGUGUUCCGUAGGGUAAUUCAGGGGUACCGGGUACACUUGCGGAACGGCAGCGCGACCAGCGAUGGAAUCGCAGCCCAAGCAUCCGAGGCGCGAAAGCGUCAGCACUACGCUCGUCCGGGACACGUGUCCUUUGACGAACGCAGCUUUAAACUUACCACCUUAGCCGUGGAAAGCUUUGGCCGCCUUGGAGAGGAGGGUUACGAGUUCAUCGAUGAACUUGCGACACAUGCCGUGGGAGGAAGGGACGGAGGAACGAUGGCUCUGAAAGGAGUCUUCAAGGAACGACUUCUUCAGAUCGUUUCGGUGGCUACACAGGUGGCCAUAUCUCGGCGAGUGCAGAGGUACAAGCUCGCAUUGCGCGGGCGUCAAGACGCCGAAAACAGGCGAACAAGAUCGACCUCGGACCAGUCAACGCCAAUGAUAUGGGGAUGGAGUGUAGACGCAUCGUAGAACGCGUUUUCGUUUGAAGUUGGCGUCUUGUUUGAGAGUAGAUGUGACAGAUUUGCGUAGAAUAGGGUAAGAUGUUAUCAUGAACGGAGAUGAAAGGGCUUUUCCAACACGGAGAUGUAGCAUGGAUCAAAGCAUUUGUUGGAUUUCAGCUUUUACAAGCGGACAUCAACGCAGUAGUAUUUUAGCAAGCUUACGAACGCAUAUAGGAUACCAUCAGGAUU